GACGGUCCUAAAAUCAAUGAAAUCCAUGUACGAAGCUUUUAUCCAUUUUAGCUCUUCGGGUUUCUUCUUUGAGCAAUGGCGAUCACUCCUUCCCUUCACUUCACUUCCCCAUCCCUCUCUCCUCUUUUUUCCCCCAAAACCCACGGCUCCUUCCUCUCUCCUUUCUCUCAACCACAAAAUUCCAUUCGUAAACUUGACUGUUGCAGUUUUCUUAACGUUUGUUCCCGCCAGAAUUCCCCAUGUGCCGUGAAUUUGAACUCUCGGAUUGUAAAGGCCCAAGCCUCUCUUCAAGGGGAGCCCAUGGUUCCCCCUUUCAACGUUCUGAUCACUGGGUCGACCAAAGGAAUAGGGUAUGCACUGGCUAAAGAGUUUUUAAAAGCUGGCGACAAUGUCAUAAUUUGCUCAAGAUCAGCUGAACGGAUUGAAUCUGCUCAUCAGAGCCUGAGAGAAGAAUUUGGGGAGCAGCAUGUGUGGGCUACCACAUGUGAUGUUAGACAAGGACAAGAUGUGAAGAAUUUAGUUGCAUUUGCACAAAGAAACUUGAACUACAUUGAUAUAUGGAUUAAUAAUGCAGGAUCAAAUGCAUAUAGCUAUAAACCAUUGGCAGAAGCUUCAGAUGAAGAUCUUAUCGAUGUUGUAACUACAAACACCCUCGGGUUGAUGAUAUGUUGUCGAGAGGCAAUAAAGAUGAUGUUAAACCAACCGAGAGGGGGUCAUAUAUUCAACAUUGAUGGGGCUGGUUCAGAUGGAAGACCAACCCCUAGAUUUGCUGCAUAUGGAGCUACAAAACGAAGUGUGGUGCAUUUAACAAAAUCAUUGCAGGCAGAACUGCGGAUGCAAGACGUUAAAAAUGUGGUGGUGCAUAAUUUGUCGCCUGGAAUGGUCACAACCGAUCUUCUAAUGUCUGGUGCUACCACGAAGCAGGCCAAGUUUUUCAUCAAUGUUUUGGCAGAACCUGCUGAAGUGGUCGCAGACUACCUUGUUCCUAAUAUCAGAUCUUCUGUUGCUAAUGGAUCAAUGAAGCCCACUUACAUUCGUUUCCUCACUGGGAUAAAAGCCUACUCCCAGAUAUUCUCAAGACUUGCUUUUGGUGCCAGAAGAAACAGAUAUCUGCUUGAAGAUUGAAGUUUCAUUCGGUCCAUUUUUUUGUAUAUCUUGUCUAAACUACAGGUCUUCUUGCUGUAACAUUGCCACUAUCAUUUUCCAUUUUUGUAUUCUUUACAAUUAAGCCAAAUCUUUCAGGUAAA